AUGCCAAUGAAAUGUACGAAAUUCUCAAGCUGUGUGUGAGACAAAGAAUUGAAAUCUUUACCUAUUUGCCAUAAUGAGUAAGUCUUAGUCUGGUAUACCAGCGAAUAAGAUGAAGUACCUCACAUAUGGAAUCUUGUUUUUAAGUAUUACCUCGGAAGUUACUUCUGAUGAUACAAACUGGAGUUCAUGGACGCAGUGGACGCAAUGUUCGAAAACAUGUAAGCAAGGAAUGCAGUUAAGGGUUAGAUACUGCUACGCUGGGCUUCCGGGAACUCCCGACUGUGAAGGCGCAUGGUGGCAAUCAAGAAGUUGUGUUAUUUCUUACUAUUGUGGAUACCCCACCACCACUGCAAUAACGACUACAACAACGAUUGUACCCACAACAACCACUACCGCGACCGGAAGCUGUUUUGAUUCUGGCGACAGAGAGAGUUACCGCGGCACAAUACACCAGACUAAAUCCGGGAUCAUUUGUCAGGCUUGGAACAGUCAAAGUCCUCAUCGACAUAGAUAUACAUCAUCGACUUAUCCGAACUCUGGACUGAAUGGAAACAAUUGCAGAAAUCCAGACCUUGAUAAAAAUCCUUGGUGCUUCACAACCAGUUCUUACAAACAAUGGGAAUACUGUGACGUGCCUAUUUGUUCAGACACAACAUCAACAACCACGGUAGCUCCCGGAAGUACCGCACCUCCGCCUACGUCAUCAUCAGAAUGCGGAGUCCCGGAUGUUCCAAUGUCAGAUUCGAAAGGGAAUACUUCCCAUAUUGUUGGAGGUGUAGAAACAACUCCAGGUAGUAUUCCAUGGCAGGCAUCCCUGAGAAGAUCGUUUUCGGGAUCUCAUUUCUGCGGCGCGUCAUUGCUGAACAGAAAUUGGAUUAUUACGGCUGCACAUUGCAUAACUGAGCCUCAUAAUCCAUCGUCCUACUACGCACUUCUCGGGGAUCACAAUCAGUAUACAACCGACGUGACAGAAAAGCGAGUUGAUUUCAGUGCAAUAUUUCGUCACCAGCAAUAUAGUUCUUCCACUUUAGAAAACGACAUUACUAUGAUGAAGAUAACGUAUCCUGUCACGUUUGACACAUACAUCAGACCGAUCUGUCUACCCAAUGCUAACAGCAUCUUGCCACAAAACGAAAUGGUCACUGUGUCCGGAUGGGGAACCACUAAAAACACUGGGUCAAAUACUGUGCUAAGAAGAGCAAGUGUGCCAGUUGUGGAAACUACCUCGUGCAAUGGGUUGAUAGGAGGUGUAAUGUCGUCCAUGAUGUGUGCCGGAUACAUGUCUGGUGGAAAGGAUUCAUGCCAGGGAGAUAGCGGAGGUCCUCUCUUCUGGGAGACAUCUAGUGGCGAAUAUCACCUGGUUGGAAUUGUAUCGUGGGGAUACGGAUGUGCGGAAGCAAGAAAACCAGGAGUGUACACUCGGGUUUCUUUCUACAUUCCAUGGAUUCAAAACACCAUGCAAAAUUAGUAGUUCUUCAUCGUGUUCAGCAAAACUAUUUUCUCAAAAAAGAAAUUGAGGGUUGAAAAGAUUUGUUAAAAGUCAUUGCUAUCUAAUGUCAAAGAUGUAAAAUUCGAUUUUGUAUAAUAUAUUAUUCACAAUUCAUCUGUAAAAUAUACGUUUAGGAUUAUAAAGAUGCUCAUUGAA